CCCCCGUCUCCUGUCUGCAGGUGGAGAGUGAGAAGCAGCAGCAGCACGAGGCCCAUUGGCUCCGAGAGCACUUGGCCAUGCUGCUGGGCAGCCUCCUGGAGGCCAAGCACCUCUCAGGAGCAGGUGGCCCCUUCCUGGGCCAGAGCGAGGUGGGGGGCUGGGAAGCCAGCACGCUGCACCCCGAGCUGGAGCUCUCCAAGGCCGCGGAGCUGCGGCAGCGGUGUGAGGCCCUGGAGAGGAAGACGGCCACCUUUGAGAACAUCGUCUGCGUCCUGAACCGGGAGGUGGAGAGGGUGGCCAUGACCACUGAGGCCUGCGGCCGGCAGCACCGGCUGGACCAGGACAGGAUCGAGGCCCUGAGUAACAAGGUGCAGCAGUUGGAGAGGAGCAUCGGUCUGAAGGACCUGGCGAUGGCCGAGCUGGAGCAGAAGGUCCACGAGAUGCAGGCGACCACCUUCGACGGCGUGUUCGUCUGGAAGAUCUCCGACUUCGCCAGGAAGCGUCAGGAAGCCGUGGCUGGCCGCACGCCCGCCAUCUUCUCCCCAGCCUUCUACACGAGCAGGUACGGCUACAAGAUGUGUUUGCGCAUCUACCUGAACGGAGACGGCACCGGGCGCGGGACACACCUGUCUCUCUUCUUUGUGGUGAUGAAGGGCCCCAAUGACGCCCUCCUGCGGUGGCCCUUCAACCAAAAGGUGACCUUAAUGCUGCUUGACCAGAACAACCGGGAACACGUGAUUGAUGCCUUUAGACCCGACGUGACCUCAUCCUCUUUCCAGAGGCCAGUCAGUGACAUGAACAUCGCCAGCGGCUGCCCUCUCUUCUGCCCCGUCUCCAAGAUGGAGGCCAAGAAUUCCUACGUGCGCGAUGAUGCCCUCUUCAUCAAGGCCAUUGUGGACCUGACGGGGCUCUAGCCGCCUCCCACCAGGGUCGGGGGUCGGGGGUCAGGAAUAGCUGGGCCUGAUGGCUUGGUGAGGAGCCACCACCCUGGGCCUGGGCCUCGCGGAGGGUGGGCACCUGCUGCGUUCAUGUCCCGCUGGGAAGGGGCCGCCUCCUGGGAGAGGCCGCUCAGCCCAGGCCACGUGGGGUGGGCUGCAGGCCUGUUGGUACCUGCCGGUGGGCCGUCUGUGUAGGCGCUCGGGGCAAGGUGAGCAGAGGGGCAGGGUGAGCUGGUACCUUGGCCCGUCCUCUGGCCUGGACAGGAGGGACGUUCUCAGGCCUGGCCACUACUCUGAGGAGAGGCCCUGCUGUGCAGGCCCAGCCAGGCCACGGGCAGGGAGGGCGCUCUGUGUCCUCCGGACAUCCUGUCGGCUGCCCCUGUGGUGAGUGUGGGGUGCACAGUGGGCCCUGCUGCGAGAUGGGGUGGGUUAGCUGCCCCGUCGGGCUGUGGAGAAGUCGUUAUUAAACUGUUAAAUCUCGGGGAGAGUGGUGUCCAUUUGCCUCUGGCCUUGGUGGCGGUGACCCUCAUGGGGCCUCCUGGCUCUCUGCCCUCCCAUGGCCCCCUCCCCACAAGUCACCAGGUCCCCGAGCAGUUACGGGGGUUCCCUGACGCUGCAGGCUCGCUCCUGCUAUUCUUUUUUCUGGGCUGUUCUUUGCCAGCUAGCUCUUCCUCCCUCAGGCCUCCCCAGGGGCUGCCUCGAGAGCAGGUCCACGUGUGUCCCUGCCGUUCCCCGCAGGGACCUCUGGUGCUGGGAGGGUGGCCAGUAGAUCCUUCUGCGUUUGCCUACCCUGAACCAGGACUUGUCCAGGCGCCAGGCAUUUCCUCCCACUGGUGGCCGGUAGUUCUGGCACCCUGACCACAGGCCUGAACCUCCGUGAGACCUGGGUCGGGGCCUCAGCCCUGGGCGGUGCGGGAGGGACUGGGGCAGACUCGGGGGUCCUGGCCGGUGGCCGUCUGCACCACGCUGCUGGUGGCCCCUCGUUUGUUCUCAGAACUGCCUGGUUCCAGAGGGCCAGGCGGGGGGCUGCCCAGGCGUCUUUGUAGAGAACCCGCGACACGUUUGACUUCCCCUGACACCGUGACUCACUUCUCUGUGUCGAGAGUUGAUGUGACAGAAAAGCACUGAGAAGAAAGAAACGAGCCUAGGACAUGUGCUGUCGUGCUAAGAGAAACGCAGCAGAAAAGUGAAGCCCUUCCGGGCCCUUCCCUGCCAGCUCUCCAGAGCGCCAUCCUCAUGAGUUGCUUCUUUCCUGCGUUUCCACAAACGAGACCACAGAGUCUUCUCCAGCGGGAAACCUUGCGCUGAGCUGGUGCCAAAUUGACCGCACCCGCUUGUCAGCCCUGCCUCCGAGCUGCAGGGCACAGACUGCCCGCGUCAGGCUCCUGACCUGGGAGCACAGGGGCCUGGUGGGCUGCGGAGUCCAGAGACUCGCCUGCCGCCCUUGUCCACCUGUCUCCUGGGUUGUCGGUCUUGUUUUCUUACUGUUGGCAAGACUGGUCCUUGGUUGUGUCUUUGAACUGUGGUAGCGUAUGGGAACCUAAAACAUAAAUAUGAUGAGUUGGGUAGUAUUUUCCUGUGGAUUGUGCCGUUGACUAAUUCAGGAAGUCCUAAGUCUCCCCAAGAAAAUACUUCUGUGUUUUUUUCUGAUGGUUUUAAAGCUUUAUUUUCAACACA